UAGAACAUCCUGUUUGCCCGUUGUUGAAAAAACGUAGCUUUGAGGAAAGCUGGCCGUGACCUUCCGUUUCAAGUCCACUUUUCUACUUCUCUGGAAUAACAAAUGUCGUGGAAGAACGGAAUAAUUUCCUCACAUAGGAACAUAUGAGACAAAUUUCUUGGACAUAAUGUUAAUCGGUAACAGUCGCCAAUAACACCCAGACAUUUUUGGAAGGAAACUAUUGUUGGACUCGCUCAUCACGCAACAACAAGAGAACGACUGACCAGUGGAUUUCGAGUUGAACUAACGCUACUUUAUAUAUUCCUAUGACCUGACAACAGCUAACUUUCUCGCCGUUUUUGCUCCCUGGGUCAAACUACAUAUUACGGGUCGAGAUUCGGGUAUUCCAUCCUUCACCAAACACCUUUGAUAGACGAGGCUACCGGAUACAGAGAAACUAUGUCAACAGGUUUAUUUUUCUCAGCAACUUGUAAAUAGGCUCCGCUACAAAAGUUUGGUGAUGCCAUUUAUUUUCACAUUUGUUCACAUUUUAACCAUGUUGUCGUAAAAAAAAAACACAUUUCUCAGUCGACAUUCAUUAAUCAGUUUGGCUACAUAGCUAGGCCUACUAGGCUACGAUCUUGUGCUACUGCGUGCACAUCAUUUCUGGGAUGCAAGUAGACAGAGAACAGGUAGCAUGCACCAGUACAAGUGGCGACGAUGAUAUGACCGAGGGUGACCUGGGGGAUGGAACUAGGGUAAGACACAAGACUUUGGGCUACAACAUGAAGCAACCAGUUCGAAGCAGAAGUCAGGGAGACUUCCAGGAGCUUUUGUCACCAAUACACUCAUUAAAGAGGAACAGCUUUGGAGGAGGAAAUAAAGAGACCUUCUCCUGGACACCAUGCAGUGAAAUGUGCAGUGACUUGAGGCAGGAGUUGUUGCAUGGAAGACAGCAUAUUUGUAGGGAGAGAGAAUCAGAAUACCAUGAUGAUGGAAGCAGUGGAGAGUUGCAGAGGAAAUUACAGGAGGUCACCGAGGAGGUGGAGCUGUUGCGCACAGAGUUAGAGGUGACACACCGUCAGCUGGAAGGGAAGCAUGAGGCUCUGAGGAUCCUUCAGGGACAUGCAAUCUUAGAUAAGGCAACUACUCAUACUAAAAUCUUACUUCAGAAGAGCGAGGAGAGGACCAAAGCCUUGGAGAAGGAAGUAAAUGCUUUACAAUGGGAAAUAAAUUUUAACCAGGUGAAAUUUAAGAACUUCGAGCAGUCAUGGGAGCAGAAGUAUGAAAGGGUAAGUUCUGAGAAUCAAGCCUUGAGUGAAAGUCUUGAGGAAAGAACAAAAGAGAUGCAAGUGCUGAGGACAAAGAACUCUUCUUUGAACCAGCAAUGUAUAGAGCUUUUGGCCAUGCUUAGUGCCCACGACAGGAGUGAGUUUCAGGACACCCAGCCACCUUCAAACCAAGGGGGAGAAGGCUCCGUGCUUGAGCUUGCUGUGUUUGGGGCCUGCCAGUGUCCCUCCAGUCUGAACGAGCCAUGUCCAUGUGCCAGGAGUUCUGCUGCCAGCCGCAAACAGGUCUUACAGCUGAAGCAAGAGUUAAAGACUCAGAGGAGGAAGAUGGAGGAGGCGUUUGUGAUGGCAGAUGCCUUCCGGAUAGCCUUUGAGCAGCAGCUGAGGCGAGGGAGCGAGCUGAGGCGAGGGAGCGCGCAUGCUCUCCACCUGGCCGAGACUGACACGUACAAGACUCUAAAGAAGCAUCGGGAGAAAGAGAGGCAGAGUUCUCUCAACAUUGGACAGAGGUUAAAAGGGUUUCUUCCAUCUGCUAUGGAAGGAAAGAUGCCUAAAGACCCAUACGAAACACUGCAUAUGCUGCUUGAUCUGUUGAGUGAUAAAGAAGAGGCCCUGGCACAUCAGAGGAAAGUGAGUUACAUGUUGGCCCGCAACACUGAGGCCCUUGAGAAACGUCUCCACGUUCAACAGCAAGGAAGCAGUCCAGACACAGACUUGAAAACCAAUGAAAAAGCUCCAUCAGGGGAAAUGAUAGAAGAUGCCUUGUGUGACUCAAAGGAGGAUUGUAAAUGCCCAUCUUCUGAAGAUCAUAGCGCCAAGCUUACUGACAGCCCUUGAUCACUUGUAAAAAUAAAGAAGCUUUGUAGCCUACUCAGACAGCAUGGAAUCAAAUGUAUCAAAUUAUUAAAGUUAAGUUAAAUAUAUUUCUACAUUGUUUUUACAAAGUUGUAUUAACUUAAAACAGUCCAUUAAAGAGUAAUAUUUUUGAUUAAAUGAUGGGUGUGACCAACAUGUUACGUUAAGGCAUUUUCUGGUGUCAUUUGUGGUUUCUGUAAAAAUGAUUUCUUUGACGUAAAAGCUGAUCUUCAUUAGCCUAGCAACAAAAAUAUAUAACAUUUACUACCUUGUGUGCAGGCCUUUUAUAUGUCGACUAACAUCUGAUUAAGAACUAUGUUUUUUUCCCUUGAAAAUAAACGACAGCCUGUAAGGUAGGCA